CAAGGUUUCAUUGAGUUUUAUUAAUAGACUUCCUUAUUUGUGCGGAUUAUUGGUAGGAGAACGGGGAAAGUAUCUACUAUAAACUUAUUUAAGGAAAAUAGAUUAAAAAGGAAAUGGCACAUUUUGUCGUGUUGAUUCUGGUUGUUUUGGGAAUGGACGUUUUAUAUGCAUCUGGAAAGUCUUUCCACUAUUUAGAAAGUGCCCAAAAGUUCGGAGAAAACAACCUGUGCAAGACUCAAGACCAGAGACAGAUGCUCCAGAAGGCAUUACUUGGAAAGGUCUGUUCAUCAUCUGAUAAGCAGAGCAACAAGGGCUUCAACAAUGAUGACUUCAUGCUGUACGUAGUCCACACCCUUUGCAAAGAUACAAGCGGCUGGCUUGCUGAUUGGGUGCUGAAAAACGUGGAUACUGAUGAAGAUGGACGGGUAUCCCAUUUUGAGGAGAACAUGUUCUACAACAACAACGAACUAUCGACGAAAUAGAUACAAUGUAGCUUCCAGUUGUACUUUUGAACACAUCCGGUCUGGUUUGACAAGGAUCUGGAUUGCUGGUCAAUCCGUAUUGUAUUCUCAGCCAUUAUUGGACACUUCUGGUUGUUGGGGAUGUUUUUGGAUUGCUGGUCAAUACGUUUUAGAAACUCAUUAAUUAGGAGCAAAAGGGGCUAUUUUGCCUUCUUCUUUAUGUUAUUUGCUUAAUUACUCUUUUCACGACCAAUGAACGUUCUAACUGUGAUAUGUGUGUGCAAUGUGUGUGAUAUAUUUACACAGCAUUCGUUAAUAUUUUUUCUCUUUAAUUGUUAUUUGUUGUACAAUGCUUUCCUAAAUAGUUCAUUGUCUUAAUAAUAGUACAAUACACCCAUUUAUAGUUUGUUACAGUUACUUAACAAUAUAUAUAUAGCAAACAUCGAGGGGGACACUGAAAAUUCUAAUUGACAUUUAUAACUAAUUUAAGAGUCAAUUUUAUAAAACAAUAAACACGUACACGCAAAAACAAGUUGUUAAGUUUUCGCACAAUGGCAUUUUAAUGGGCUGAGAUGGAGGGGGGGGGCGGGCUCAUAUAUAUUAAUGCUCAUUUGUUGCGAGUGUUUCUUUAAAUUAUAGUGCUUAGAAGUGCAGAGGGUUCGACGCACUGCUAACUUAUUUUUUUUUCCUUCGAUACCGGCUGUGACACGCCUUGUUAUGUUCUGUAAUACCUGUCAUACACGUUAAUUACCAAACUGUUAGUCUUAAUCAUUGCAAUACGAUGUUUAAUUUAAUUUAUCAUCUUGCAUUUUGUGUAGCUUUAACACCAUCAGAAUUUAUAUAAAAAAAAUAUAAAAAAAACUAUGUCAAACUAUUUAC